GCGACUAACGUCUCCGAAUACGGUUCAAGGAGCAACCAGACUCCACAAGUUAGCGCGUUCAGAUUUUUUGCUCAUCUUCAAAGUCAUAUAAAUUUGAAAAAUCGUGUCCAGCUGUGCGGUAAUAUGGUGCGCUCCGUGAACUAGAAAAGUGCACCACACCGAUCUUGAUCGCGUUGACGUUGGUAGAGCCGGAAAUAUACUACCAGAAGUGUGUAUCGAAAAUUUCGUUGGAAACCAUUCAGCUAGCUCAGGAUUGUGCGCUGGGGUUUAACCGUCCGAUUUCGACACGAUACGCUGGCCAACUCGAUGGCGAAACGUGACUUGCUUCAGAAUGUGAUCAAGUACAGUUUGAUACUAGUGGUGACGAUCGUGACCCAAGUGUGCCCCCGCCAGGAUCACUACUACAGCUACCAAGAACCGUACGACGAUGAUCUAUCGCUUUGGAUCAACGAGCAGCAGGUGAAGAUCUUCAGCGGGGUGGCGAUGAAGAUCUACGCAAUCGAUAACGGACGAGUGUCGCCGCACAUUCGUGACCCGAUGUUCAGCCAGUAUCUGCCGAUCAUACCGUCCGAGGUGAGCCUCGUCAACUUCACCUGGAAGUCAGGAUCGAAAAAAUAUCACUACAACUUUGACCGGCUCGUCUCCGAGGAUGAAACGAUUUUGAAGCCACCAUCCAUCUCGAUCAAAACCAGCGGUCGUGUUCCGAAGAACGCCAAGGAGUUCAGUGUGACACUGCCCUGCUCUGGAAAUGUGUCAGGCAUCGCGGUGUUCAGCAUUGGACUCCUAAUACAAAGCCGCAAAGGCAAACCGGUGCCCGGCACGCCACUCCGAAUAAAACUCCGUAAGGAAUGUGCACAUAGAGGUGUGUAUGAUAGAACUUCUUCCCUAGCACCUUCGCAAGGACCCGAUCCAGAGUGUGACAAAAAGUGCGCCAACAAGGGCGUCUGCAAUGAGGACAAGAUCUGCCUCUGCCCGGAGGGAUACAUGGGCCAGUACUGCCAGACGGCCCUGUGCUAUCCGCAGUGCAUGAACGGAGGCAACUGCACCGCACCGGGGAACUGCUCCUGUCCACCAGGUUACCAGGGACGACACUGCGAAGGAGGAAUCUGCGCGGAAAAGUGCCUGAAUGGAGGAAAGUGUAUCCAGAAAGAUAAAUGCGAAUGCACGAAGGGAUACUACGGAUUGCGGUGUGAAUUUUCCAAGUGUGUUAUCCCCUGCCUGCACGAUGGAAAGUGCAAAGGAGUCAACAAGUGCCGCUGCAAACCAGGACUGAGUGGAGAUCACUGCCAAAUUGGUCGUCGCCAGCGAUCUACCUGCAAGAGACCGUGCAAACAUGGGACCUGUAAGCCGGAUCACACCUGCAGCUGUAACCACGGAUGGUUCGGGAAGCUUUGUAAUAGACGCGAAAAGGAAAAACGCAAUGGCUCAAAAUUACCCAAACGAUAAUUGAAGGGUAUUCGCGGGCUCCGCCCACAUCUCGCCUAUAGGAGACAGAUUUGAUUUCUGGAAAUCACCAAAACCACGGCCCAACCCUGUCUAGCUUAUCUAUGUUCUCAAUAUAAUUGUUCUGGAGUUUCUUUCCAGCCUCUCGCGAGAGAGAUAAAAGCAGCCUGCAUAUGUGUAUUUUGUUGUGAUAAAUAAACGAAAAUUUAUAGUUUCUCAGUAUUAACCAAACGAA